AUGUCCAGCGCAGCACAGGCUCUCGAAGCCAUCUACAAAGCACCCUCCGCUGAAGAGUGCUACGCCGCCGCAGAGCAGCUCGCAGAAUACAUCAACAAGAACGGUCUCCGCGUCCUACAAUCCGAAGGCAUCCUCGACAGCCUCGUCAAGGCAUCCAAAAACAAGAAGAGCGGAUACGAGCGUGAAGCUGCUGCGAUCGGCCUCGACGCCAUCUUUGUCAAGGUCGGCGGCAAGAAUGCUCCCAGCCCUCUUGGUGCUGAGCCAUGGCUCCUCCACACCCUUCCCGCCAUCCUCGAACUCUACGCCGACAAGGGCGAGGUCGUGCGUCAAGCUGCCGAGACCGCUGCUGGUUCCCUUCUCUCUCUUGUUCCUCCCGAGGCUGCACCCGAGUUCCUUGCCGUCCUCUACGAGGUUCUCGGUUCCGGUAGCGCAAAAUGGCAGGCUAAGGUGGGCGCACUCAAGUUGCUUGGCCGUCUCAGUGGUUCCGCCAGCGAGCAGAUCGGUGACGAGCUCGUCGAACUCAUCCCCUACCUUACCAAGGCCAUGCACGAGACUAAAUCAGAAAUCUCCAAGCAGGCAAGAAAGACAGCUAUCAAGGUUUGCGAAGCGUGUCUCGAUAACAAGGACAUUCGACCUUUCAUUCCAGAUCUCGUUGGUUGCAUGGCUCAGCCCGACGCGGUCACUGAAUGCAUCAAGAAGCUCUCCGGUACCACUUUUGUCGCUGAGGUCACUGGCCCUGCGCUUGCCGUCAUGGUUCCUUUGCUUUCGCGUGCCCUCAACGAGCGUAGCCAGAAUGUGCAGCGACAGACCGUUGUCGUCGUUGACAACCUCUGCAAGCUGGUGCGCGACCCCUACGAGGCUGCCAAGUUCUUGCCCGAGCUCACUCCCGGUGUCGAGCGUAUCCACAAGGGUGCCAGUUUCCCUGAGGUCCGUGAACACGCCAAGAGUGCCCUCGACACUCUCACUGCCGCUACUGCUGCCGUCGGCGCUAACGCCGUGACUGAGGACCCCAAGAAGGUCUUUGACCAGCACCGAGCUGCUGCCCUCGAUGCCGUGAUCGCUGCCGUCCAGGCUUACGUGUCCGAAGAGCACGCCAACCUCAAGAGCGACACCUUCGCCCUAACUGGUCUCGAAUACCUCGCCAAGUGCAUCGUCCGUCUUGCUAACAAGCGUGUCCUUCACGCUGGUGCAUGGGAGGAUGUCUACGUCCAGCCUUACCUGCGCAGGAUCUGCAAGGAUGCCGAGGCUGCCCAGACUUCCACUGCUGAUCUCCGCAAGACCUACGUCGAACUUGACAAGGCUCGCUUCGGAAACUCCGAAGAGGAGGAUGACGAUGAGGCUGGCGAGUGCCUUUGCCGUACCGAGUUCUCGCUCGCUUACGGUGGUCUUCUCUUGCUCAACCACACUACCCUCAAGCUCUACCGCGGUCACCGUUACGGUGUAGUCGCUGCCAACGGUAGUGGUAAGUCGACAUUGCUCAAGGCGAUGCGCGACGGCAAGGUUGAGGGCUACCCCACCCAGGAUCAAGUGCGUACCGUCAUGGUUGAGCACAGCUUGCAGGGCGAGGAUGGUUCUACUCCCAUCAUCGACUUCAUUGCCAACAGCAAGGAGUUCGUCAGCAAGACUCGCGAGCAGAUCGCCGAGAAGCUGCGUGAAGUCGGCUUCGAUGACGAGAAGCAAAAGAACCCCGUCUCUUCGCUUUCCGGUGGAUGGAAGAUGAAGCUCGAGCUUGCUCGUGCCAUGCUUUCCGACGCAGUUGUCUAUCUUCUCGACGAGCCCACCAACCAUCUGGACGUCCAGUCGAUCGCUUGGCUUGAGAACUUCCUCGUCACCAACAACCAGAUCACCGUCGUCACCGUCUCGCACGACUCAGGCUUCCUCGAUAACAUCUGCACCGACAUCAUCCACUAUGAGAAGAAGAAGUUGCGCUACUACAAGGGUAACCUCUCUGACUUUGUCAAGACCAAACCAGAAGCCAAGGCUUACUACUCGCUUGCCGCGACCACGGUCAAGUUCUCGUUCCCUCCUCCCGGUUCGCUGAUGGGAGUGCGUUCCAGCACACGUACCAUCCUCAAGAUGUCCAACUGUACCUUCACCUACCCUGGCAUGAGCAAGCCAUCUCUCAACGAGACCUCGUGUGCUAUCAGCCUUUCGAGCCGUGUCGGUGUGCUGGGUCCGAACGGUGCUGGUAAGAGUACCCUGAUCAAGGUGUUGACCGGUGAAGUCGUACCUCAGCAGGGUAAGGUGGAGAAGCACCCCAACUUGCGUAUUGCCAUGAUGGCUCAGCACGCUUUCCACCACUUGGAGCAGCAUCUGGAGAAGUCGGCCGUCGAGUACAUUGCUUGGCGUUACCAGGAUGGUCACGACCGAGAGAUGACCGAGAAGGCUUCGCGUAAGAUGACCGACGAGGAGAAGGCGCAGAUGGAGACGCCGAUCAAGUCGACCACAGGCGAGUCGCGCAAGGUCGAGUACAUUGUCGGUCGUCAAAAGCUGAAAAAGUCGUACCAGUACGAGAUCAAGUGGGUUGGUUAUGAGCACAAGCACAACUCGUGGAUCCCUCGUGAGCGUUUACUCGAACUCGGAUUCAGCAAGCUCGUCCAGCAGUUUGACGACUUUGAGGCAUCGCGAGAGGGUGCUGGUUCGCGAGAGAUCAGUGUUAAGCUCAUCCGACAGCAUCUCGAGGCGGUUGGUCUGCAGGGUGAGAUCGCUCAGCACCACGCUGUUGGCGGAUACUCUGGUGGUCAGAAGGUCAAGGUGGUGCUUGCUGCUGCCAUGUGGAACAACCCUCAAGUUCUCGUGCUCGACGAGCCUACCAACUACUUGGAUCGUGAUGCCCUUGGUGGUUUGGCCACUGCUAUCCGCGACUGGGCGGGUGCAGUGGUGAUCAUCUCGCACAACAUGGAGUUCGUCGGUGCGCUCUGCCCCGAAAUCUGGAACGUCGACCACGGUCGCAUCACCAACAGGACCAAGGGUUCGGUUGCCGAAGGUGCAUUCUUGGACGAGAUGGAGAACGCUUCCACUCCUGGUGCUUCUGUUCCUGGUACACCUAUGCCAGGCAGCACUGCAGCUUCACGUCUCGCCUCCAAGGCAGGUACACCUGUUUCGUCGGCUGCCCCCACACCGGCAGGUUCGGGCGAUGAGGGUGAUCAGGACAUGAGCAAGUUCAAGGCCAAGAAGGGCAAGAAGAAGAUGACGCGUAACGACAAAAAGGCACAGGAGGAACGUCGUCGUUUGCGUCUCAGCCGAUGGCUUACAUACGGUGGUGAGCGUGAAGCCGACACUGAUGACGAGUAA